UUCCAUUCAGUGCCUCGGCUGCUUGCUGUGGGAUCCAUCUGACAGACGAUUAUGGCAAAGUUCCUGCAAGCACGCCGAAGGCCAACCAGAUACAAAAGGAGACAGUGGCUACUAAGUAAAUCUGGGGCUACCAAACACGAGCCAGAACAGGCACCAGAUCAAACCGUUACAAAGCAGCCUUGGCACGCUAACCUGAUCCCCACCGGAUGGUUCAGAUUCCCCCGAGCAAGGAAUGCAGUGAAUUCAAUAGUCAAGGCUUUCAUCUCAUUGUACUGGUGCGUUCACUGCACUAUCCAAAAGCACUUUAUUUUCGUCAAAAAUACAAUUUGUCCACCACUCAUCUGCCAAAGGGAACUACGCACGCUUAGGCAACGUUUACAAAAACUUGAAGCAGAAUUUUCCAAGCUACACUCAUCGCUUAAGGAUAAGGACGCUAAUUCCCACUUAGGAGAUGUUCGUUGUUGCUGCAUGUGCCAUCAUGGAAAAAAUGUACCCUCUAUUGUGGCACCGCUGGCAGAACAGUGUGUUCCUACAUCCCUCCUGCCACCUCCACCCCCUCCUCCUCCACCGCCACCACCACCUCCUCCUCCUCCUCCUCCACCACCAGCUCCUGUCUUUUCAUUACAAAAACGGCCUCCGGUUCUGAAAAAAGUUGAGCGUAACAGAGCAGCUAAGGAAGCCUCUGCUGGGCAAGAUGGACCCCUACAAAUCCGACUUGAAGAUCUCCUUAAUGUUAAGUUACGGAAGACAAGAACCAAUCUUGAGAAACGAAAGAUGGAAUCUAAUCCAAAAGAAUGUAUUCCACUAGUCACCAUAUCAGAAAUGCAAGGUGCAAAUCUAAAGAAUGGCUCAAAGAUGCCCCCACGGCGCCUCACAAACUAUUUUAUUGGAACUCCAAGCAAAAGCCCAAUAGACUUGAGACGGCGCCUAAGAAAGAUCAACAUGGUUAGAAGCCCUGGAGGAACCCCAAUAUAUGACCGUGAUAACAAAGAAAAUGGUACUGGACUGAAUCCGAUGAUGACAAGAGCUCUGAGGCAGAAAUUUCAGUUGGCUCACCCAAAAACCCCCUCUCCUUUAAGAUUAUCCCCAGCAAACAGAAGCUUUGAAGACGUUCUUUAAACCUGCAAAUCUGGGAAAUGCUCCGGUUGGCUAUACUUUGCUCUGUAAAAUGAUGGGUUUU